CCACCAACUCUCUGAUCGCAAACUUUUUAUUCUCUUUUCUGUUUCUGUGAUCGGAAUUUAUUUCUGCCUCGUCGAGCUGAUUGUGAAAAGUUUCUGGGACAUUUGCUGUUUUCAGAGGAGCAAUGAGCUGCCAAUACUACAGUCUCUUAUUUUUAUUCCUCUGUGGCUUUGCUGCGCUCUCCGUUUCCAAGAUAUGUGGAAGAGAGAUACUAGAGGGAACGUCCUGCACCAUCAAGCUGAAAACAAAAAACAGUGACAGACCCAAUGAGAUUAAAUGGAUCCAUUUCACUAGCGGUGAUGUAAUUCACUGGAAAAAUGGGAAGAUCAAGAUGAACACUCUAGGUGUAAAGAUGGAAGAAGAUGGAUCAUUAACAUUUGAAAGUGUUAGUCUGAAGAACACCGGCAAAUAUAAAUACAGUUUAUAUGCUGGCGAUGGUACAGAGACCAGUGGAGAAGAGGAAAUUAAAAUUUAUUCAAAGGCUCCUAAACCUACUGUGAUGAUCAACUGCAAAGAUGGGAAUGCUGUGCUCACCUGCAACACUGGAGACCGUACAGAUCUGACUGUAUCCUGGUAUAAAGAAGGCAAAAUCAUAGAGAACGAAAAAAACCCUCAACUGCUCUUGACAUCUGCUCACAUUCAGGAGAAUAAACCGUACUCAUGCAGCGUAAGCAAUCCUGUCAGCAAUGAGCAAAGUGACAGCGUUACAGUAUCAUGUCCUACAGGUGAAGGUGUUCCAGGUCCUCGUAAAUUCUUUGGCUUUGAUUUCUGGAUCAUGGUGAGCAUUUUAGCAGGUUCAGGAGCCCUUCUGCUGCUGCUGAUAUGUGUUCUCAUCAUCUGUACAUGUCAAAGCUGUAGCCAACGCAAGAAGCACAAGAAAGAUGAAGAAGAGCUCAGGCUGAGGAUUAUUCCAGUUCCAGAUCCAAACAGUGAACACAGCUCAUAGAUGACAACCUGAGUGUUCACACUUCCCUAAACAUACAUAAAUCACCUUAUGAAUUAUAUUUUUUUGUUUUAAAUAACAAUGUAGACAGAGAGGUCAAAGAGAAACAAAGUUAUAAGAGCUCCAGUGGGGCUUUAUAGGAUCCUGAGCAGAACUGUGUGGCUGAUGCAGCAUUUGUCAUUCACUUGUCUGUGGAGUUUGAAACAGGACAGAUUGAGAUAAAAAUCACUCAUCAAUGUCACAAGAUCCUAUCAAUGCCUAUCAGAUUCUUCAGAAAUAUUUGUACACAUGAAGGUGGGCUUCACUCGUAAAGGUGGCAUUUCAAAAUUCAUAAUUUUAAUUGUGCCAUACAAAGAGUAUACCAUUAUAUACCAUUAAAGAGGUCAUGAACUGCCUGUAUUGUUCUCUGAGCUCCACUUAUAAAGUUAUCAAGACUUUUCCAUCAAAAAACAUCAUAAUUUUUUUAUUUCCCAAAAGCAUCCCUGCUGAAGACCUUGAGUUGUUUUUUUCAGCAGGGAUGCUUUUGGAAAAUUAAUCGUAAGUCAAUUGGUCAAUUGGUUUCAAUGGGUCUAUGAUGUACUUAAGCUUAGCCCUGUUUGAAUAGGGCUGCAUCCGAAAACUGAAAAAUGCUGCCUUCGAAAAAUGCUGCCGAAUCCAAAGUUAGCUUCACUUCCUGUCUCCUGAGAUGCCUUCAUCGAUUUUUGAAGGCAGCACAGAUGUAUCCUUCGCUGCCUUUGAUAUCCCACAAUCCUGUGCGUUCCAUUCCGAGACGGUUGAGCUAAAAAAUAAAGAUGGCGGCUGGAAGUUGUGUUUGGUGGUCAGUUUGUGAAAUGUAUAUUUCUGAUUAACUUUUUGUACUUUUGAUGUUAUUUCUAGCGAGAAAUUAGUAUUAUAGUAAUUAAAUAUUCAUUUAGUUAUCACUGUUGAGAAUUCAAAUGAGGACACAUGACAUGGUUAUCCAUGGGCGGAGCUAAGUCUCCUCAGGUGCAUUUAAUGAAUGUCUGGCUGCCUUUGUUUGAUGUGUGUUUGUGCCAUUGAGAGAGGUUUCUGUUGAGUUGAUGUGUUCCUGAUUUAGUGCGUUUAUCUCAUUUGAAUUUGUGUAAUGUUAAUUCCUGAAUGUUGUGGGUGAUUUAUCAUUCAUACAAUGUAUUAGUUUUCUUAUUUGUUGAACCGUCCAAUGUUGAAUUAGUUUGAUUAUAUUUGGUAUUUCAGUGUUUGAAUUGUUACACUGUUAUUUAAGAUGUUUAUUCUUAUUGUUUUAGAAACCAUACAACUCUAUAGUUGGUUCCAAUGCUGCAGCCAGAAAAUAAAGAUCAUGGAUUGA